AUCGAGAUCGUCAUCACUGACGAGCUUAUCUCAAAGCCCUACAUCGACAUGACCGUCAAGUUGAUGGAAAGGUUCGGGGUCGAAGUUCAGGUCUUUGACGACAUGCAGCGAUUCGUCGUCAAGGGUGGACAGACCUACCAGUCGCCCGGCGAGGCCUUUGUGGAGGGUGAUGCAUCCUCAGCAUCGUACUUCCUUGCCGGCGCGGCCAUCACCGGAGGAAAGGUGAAGGUUAUUGGGUGCGGCACGGACAGCCUCCAGGGCGACACGAAGUUCGCUGACACCAUGGGCCUCAUGGGCGCGAAGGUGGAGUGGGGCAAAAACGAUGUCACCGUCACGGGCCCUGGUGGCAAGCUCAAGGCCAUCGACGUGAACAUGAACGCCAUGCCCGACGCCGCCAUGACCCUCGCUGUGGCGGCGCUGUACGCGGACGGUGUCACCACCAUUCGUGACGUCGGGAGCUGGAGGGUGAAGGAGACGGAGCGUAUGAUCGCCAUCUGCACCGAGAUGAGGAAGCUCGGAUGCGACGUGUACGAGGGUGCUGACUACUGCGUCAUCACUCCCCCAGGGAGCGGCAAGAUCAACGAGGGUGUCUCCAUCGAUACCUACGACGAUCACCGUAUGGCCAUGGCAUUCUCGCUCGCCGCGUGUGGGGGUGUUGGUGUCACUAUCAUGGACCCGACGUGCACGAAGAAGACGUUCCCGACCUACUUCGAUGCCCUAGCUACGGUGACCGUGUAAAUACAGUGUGCGCAACCAGGAGGGUACGUUCAACUUUUAGCACGUAA